GAGAGUGAGGAGCUUCAGGGCUUAAAUUCUGCAUUAAAAGCUGCAGAAAGUGAAAAAGCCCUUCAUCAACAAAUGCUGUCAUCAGGACUGACCACAGAGUUGCAGAGCCUGGACCUUCUUCACUCCCACAUGAGACAACGUGAACUGCCUUGAACACAUCCACAAGAGACUUGGGAUGACAGAAGCGACUUCUCACUGCUAGAGUGAAGGAAUAUUUGGCUGGCCUCAGCCCCCAGUGCCGCAAGGCAACCCCUUCAUAGAGAUAAUCGAGCAGCCCAAGGCCAGGGGGAUGCGUUUCCGUUAUAAAUGUGAGGGAAGGUCAGCGGGCAGUAUUCCAGGAGAGAAAAGCAAUGACUCCACCAAAACACAUCCUGCCAUUAAGGUGAAUAACUACAGCGGCCCUUUACGAGUGAGGAUCUCUCUGGUUACCAAAACCCAACCCUACAAGCCCCACCCCCACGAGCUGGUGGGUAAAGAUUGUAAACAUGGAUACUACGAGGCUGACCUUCCGGAGAGACGAGUUCACAGUUUCCAGAAUCUGGGUAUUCAGUGCGUGAAGAAGAAGGAUGUGACUGACGCUGUUUCCUGCCGUCUGCAGACACAGAACAACCCUUAUAAUAUUCCUGAAGCGAAAGUGUGGGAAGAGGAGUACGACCUGAAUGCUGUGCGCCUCUGUUUCCAGGCAACCAUCACCCUAGCCAACGGAGAGCUGUACACUCUGGAGCCCGUCGUCUCCCAGCCCAUCUACGACAACAGAGCUCCAAACACAGCUGAGCUGAAGAUCUGUCGGGUAAACAAAAACUCUGGAAGCUGCAAUGGAGGAGAUGAAAUCUUUCUACUGUGUGACAAAGUGCAGAAAGAGGACAUUGAGGUGCGUUUUUUCCGGGACGCAUGGGAGAGUAAGGGCUCGUUCUCUCAGGCUGACGUCCACAGGCAGGUGGCCAUCGUGUUCCGCACUCCGCCCUACUGCGAUACAAACAUAACUGAGCCUAUUCAAGUAAAGAUGCAGCUCCGCAGGCCCUCAGACAGAGAGGUCAGCGAGCCAAUGGACUUCCAGUACCUGCCCCCUGACCCAGAUGAGUACAGGCUGUUGGAGAAACGGAAACGGACACAGGGAAUGCUGCAGAACCUUAAACUGGGAUCUAUGCAAUCAGGUCCUUUGCCAGAGAGAAGGCCAUUCAGUACUGCAAGAAGAACAUGUACAGCCACUAAGCCUCCUCCUGCUGCUGCAAGUGUUCCACCCGUGGUUAAUCCAGUGGCCGUGCAGUCUACAGUUAAGCCUCGGCCCUUUUUCAACUCUCCUCCUCCAGGACAGUUGUUUACUCAGCCUAAAAUGGAAUCAUCUCUGACACCCUCUACUGGAGACACCUGGAAGUUCCUCAACAGUCUAACUGUGCAGCAGAGUUCCUCCACUGCCCCUCCACCAGUCUCCCAAGACUUCCACACUGUAAAUCUCUCCGACCUCCAUGACUUCUCCUUCAACGCUUUCUCCCAGUCAGCUCCAGACCAAGCCAACACGGCUUCCGGACGAGAUGGACCUGGAAGCAAUGUGGUUGGAACUACAGUGGCUCAAGAAAUCCAAAGUAACUACCCUGCUCAGAGCAGUUCAGCGUUCCAGACAGAACACCAAAUGGACGAAAGUGAGCUCCCAGAAUUCCCAAGCUUUUCCGAACACCAGGUGUCAGGGAUGGACAACAUCAACACUGACGAUUUCCAAGCACUGCUGGGUCAGAGCGUCAUGACUACAGAAUCAGCAUCUGGAAUCCGGAAUUGCGCCGCUUCUCUCAGCACAGUUGCUGCUCCAGCCUUGGAUGCUGCAGCUAGCAUUGGUUCAAAUCAAGUGGGGAACAACACAGGGAACAAUGCAACGACAUGGAUGUCUUUUCCACCAGCCAUUAUGAGCCUGCUGCAGAAUGAGCAGAUGGUGGAUGCCACCCAGGCUGGUCCUCCUGGAGGCGUAGGCUUCGAUGACACCGAUACGAUGGACUCCAUUGACGAUGACCGCCUGAUGUCCAUUUUUGCCAGCGAUGCCAAUGUUGGCUUUCUGUGACAUUUACAUAUAGUCACAUCUGACUGUUUGACCCGCACCAUCCUUAUAUCGAAACUAACUUCAAGAAGGGCAUAAUUCGACAAAGGACAGAGCAAAACUCCAAGAAGGGAAAAAGGAAACUUUUGAUUUUCUUUUCUUUUUUUAAAAUGGUUUAUAUACAUGCUUGUGCCUCAACACAGUGACUGACUAAUACAGAAAGCCACAGAGUGCCUCUAGAGGGUCUGGUGUAUCAGGAUGAUGAAGCAGAAGAUGAAGAUAAAGCUCCCUAUUUGCCCGUUGCCACCUCUGUUUUACUGUUUACUUUAUUAUUUCCAUCUGUUUCCAGAAAUGGAAAACAGCUGUCUGUUGGGAAUUUAUGUUUUUCGAAGUUUCUUAAUUUGUGCCACAAGCUGAUAAAGUAAUAAGACUGAUUAUACUGCAGUACUGUUCCGGUGGCUUUUAAAAGCAAUAAUGCAUUUCUACAAGGAGUCUGAGAUAACAGUGUGUCUUUAAGCUGGAAAAAUGACUGUUUAACAAAGGGAUGCACCUGUAUGAGAGUUGUAGGCCCAUUACAAUAUCUACAACUUUUUUACAUUUCUCUUGAUGCAGAUACAUAGACAUUAGGUGUAGAUUCCAAAAAUCAGAAUUAGUAUGGAUGAGUUCGGGUUAUGCACCCAUUAGCAUCCAUACAUUUGCCGCUAAGGCUGGGCUAUAUAGUGAAAUGAUGAUAAAGAUACAAGCUAAUGUGUUAGCCACAAGCUUCCAUACAUGUCACAUUAUUAUACAAUGGGUUGGGUUGUAUUUUUACAACAAUAUAGAAAUUCUGACCUGGAUCAGCAUUACAGAGAAAUUACAUUUUCAGAAAAUUAGAUACAAUGCAAAUACAUGUAUUCCAGUAUCAGUUUAACGUUUAGGUCAGUUCUACAUCUCUAAGAUGUCAUUUAAAUUAAUAAGCAAAUAUCAACUGUCAUGAUAUGAUAUGAUUCUGAUAUUGUGCAUUCCUACAGUUUACCCACCAAUCAUUUAUUUUCAUGAUUAGGUGAAAAUUAUUUUUUGGUGGGACUAGUUUUGGAUGGUCUUAGCUGGUCUUUGAUUGACAAGGUGGUUGAAAACCACUAGUCAUCAACAUAUACUGGUUAUCUAACUGGAUAAAAAUCUCUCUCUAGCUUAGCAUAGUGUAUGUUCUGUUUGAUUUUGGUUGACCUUGGUCAUGCUGGUCAUGCUGGUUGUCUAGCUUGGUCAGGUUGAUCCAAGGUUGCUUGUAGACCAGCUAAACCAUCUAACUGGCAUAAGAAUAUACCUUAUGCUGGUGAAGAGCUAAGCUGGCCAACCAGCAUGAGCAGCUUGAGCUCGCCGUUCUGUUUUUCAGCAGGGUUGGUGCAAAUAGCAAGUGAUACUGAUUGUGAUUUUGUCAGUAUAAUUUAAGGUUCACCAAGAUGAACUUAACAAUUAAACCUUAAUAAAAAGUAUGGGAAGGGGAUAACUACCUAACAAUAGUAGGUAUGGAGUGUGUCCUGUAACUGUAUUUAAGUACACAGUGCCUUUGAGAAGGCAUGAGAAAGCUUUCAAUACAAAGUGCAUGAAAACAAAAUAGCAUCAGACACUGUUGGUAAAUCUGCAGAAUAGGUUAUUUCAUCGUUAUAACUGUAAUUUUGGCAGUUUUAUUAGGAAGUUAAGUAACAGUACCAAAUACCAGUAAAAUAUUUAAUGUACUGGUUUUGAAAUAUUAAAAUACAGGCUAACAAUACAGUGAAAUUUACAAUACACUGAUAUUUUAUAAAAUCAACUGUAGAAGUAAUAUAUUUACUCACAAUUGAGAGUAUAAAAGUUAGACCUUGCAACUACGAGACACAAGUGCCUUAAUAUGAGCAUAUGCCACAAAUAUCAUUCUAGCAGCGGCCCAACAAAAUAUCAGUGUGUUUUUUUUUUUUUUAAUGGUGGCAACUUUUUGACUAAGUUCCAUUACCAUCAGAUCGGAUUUGGCUAUCCUGACGGUUCACAUUCACAAAUGUAGGUGACCUGUAUCUGUGUGUAAUAUGAACAAAUCUGUCCCAGAAACAAAUCACAUGCUCACAUUGAUACAAGUAUAAACGCCGCAACAAAAACGUCAUAUUUAAGAGACGACUUGUAGCUUUAUAAAGAGAAAUUGAUGCUCAUAUGUGGAGCAUCUUUUGCUGGAGUGGAGACAGCUAAACUAAAGUACAGGCUCAGGACGAGGCUGUUUGCUUUUGCUGUUUUUGUAGCUAUAGCUGCACCAAGAGAUGUUAUGGAUACGAGAGAGAAUCACGUAGCGCAUGCUUAAAAGCAAUAAGACGCAUGAAUUCUGAUUUGACUGCUCACAAUCAUUUAGGACCACAUAUGGUGGAAAUUCAAAUCUGAUUGAAAAAGAAAAAAAAAACAGAUUUGGCACGUUCAAACAGCCAUGAAAAAAUCAGAUCUGAGCCACAUUGAGUAAAAAGAGUCACUUCAGUCUGGCAAUGUGAACUUAGCCUUUUUCUUUUUGGCCAGGCAAUAAAUAUUUCCUUGACAAACUUGACAAGGAAAAAAAAAUGUUCAGCUUCCAGUGCUACACACUCACUCUUUGCUCCCGUUGAAGGCGGUCGCAUUUUCUCCCUCUCCUCCCCUUAUCUUUCCUGCUUGGCUUCUCCUGUCUUGUCUAUUCUGCUGUAUACUCUAAGAGACUCUCUUAGCACUGCUCUUCAAACUAGAAAGUAUGGAUUUGAUCAGAUGGUCUUUCAAUAAAAGCGACACUAUCUUCUUGACGAGAAAUCUGGGUUCAGGGGCACCUGUCUGUCCUAACGGAACGUUUGCAGCCGGCUAUGUGAAGGAUUUGUGGGAGAAAUGGCGUGUCUCUCCACUCUGUCACAAUGAUUUUGCUGAUUGGAUUAGGCAUUGUCCUGAUAUAUAUCGUGAAGUUAAAGGAGUGGGGACAGCUGCCUGACAUGAUUGAUGCAGGGGUUAGAGCUGUCAGUACUCAGACUGUGGCUAUAAACCGCAACAUGGAUAAUAUCUUGGAGAAGCUCACGGCUUUGCAAAGAAGAGUGGAUAAAAUCAAGAACCAUGCUGGACAAAGUGUGAUCAUGCUAAACUGGUCUGCGACCACUCUCGCCCAAACAACAAGUCCAAUCUACUUUCGGCUCAUCCUUAUCAGUACUCGGCCUUGGCCAAGGCGAGCUGCUGAUAGCAAAAACUCCUCCCGAAGAUCAUUUAUUAUUUCUAUUACUAGAAACUCUCCCCUGUUUCCUUUAGACAUUGCUGGAUGUUGACUCUGACUGGGAGUGGAUCAAUUUGCUGUGUUAUCACUAUCCCACCCUGUGGACUGAGGCACACAGACAGAGCCUCAUUGUUACCAGGCAUAGUGACUUUUCGCCCCCCUUCCCUGUUUCCAGUCCUGUCUUCAUGUGUAAUGUUGUGUUUUGUGGCUAUGUGCUGAGUUUUUCUUUCUGCUCCCACACUGUACUCUCUCAGGAGAACAGUCUGUGGGUUUGAUUUUCCCCCCUUCUCCCCAUGUAUCCUACUUUUUAAUUUCCUCAUCCCUGUCUUCCUGUCCUGUCUCCCCUUUGUAUGUUACUGUACGGAUGGGUUGAUGGCAAUUUUUGUUCUACCAAUGCAAUAAAGUACUUCUUAUAUUGGUUAGCUGAGUUAGCUCAUUAGCUCCUGCGAAGUGAUAGCCUCUUCGGUCUCUAGUGUGUUUAUGUAUUUUAGCUUUGCCAUCUGCUAAACAUUCUACAGUAAUUUUACUAUUUUAUAAAGUAUACACAUUGUCUACACGCAAUGUUGUAGAAGAACCACUUUUUGACCCUUUGUUCGAUUAAAAAAUUUAUUGUAUCAGUUCAAAGCUUUUUCACAAUCUAGAAAAAUGUUUUUUUGAGAACAUGAGCGGGAUUACGGACUAUUCUGAUUACAGGCUGACUGUAGUUACAGUAGUCUUAUGUUUAAACAGUAAGAAUCAUGACCAGUUUUUCUGUAAAAAUUUAGAUUGAGUAUUUUUAGUAUUGUUGUUGCUGUUAAUUAUUAUUAUAAAAUGUUAUUAGAAUGACAGUCAAAUCAAGGCCUCACAAUAUGUUGUCGUGCAGCUCUUCUCCGUGGGUUAAUAAUAAUAUAUAUAUAUUUUUUUUUUCAUCAAAAGCUUUCAGUAAUUCAUCCUCACUUGGAUGUUUUUUUUUUUUUUAUAAUUUAUGACAUUCUUUUUUCUGUUUGUUGUGUUUGGGUAAGCUAUUUACUUAUACAACAUGUCUCUGUUGAAGAUUUACUUGGGGCCUAUUGAUAAAAUGAGUUUCUUUUCACUUCUACUGAUUGCCCUUCUUGUAGCAUUUUAUUUUAGCUGUAAUCGAAAGGUUUUGCUUGCCUUAAUUAAUUAUUUUAAUAAUGUUAUGACCGCCAAAUCAGUUUAUUGGUACCAAAACUGCAAGGCACCUGUUGACACAAGGAAGGGUGGGGUUGAAAGGGGAGUGUGUACAAAAGAGAAUUUAUUACAGAAUAUUACAGUAUAAUACUGAGCAAAUUACCUAAUGUUCAUUUAUGUCAUAUAUUCAGAUAUUCUAUAUGCAGAUGGGCCUUCCUUGUAAAUCCAGUGGGACUGAAGCUUUGUACAUAAGACUUUGUACAUAAUUAAGAUUAAAUAAGAUUGUCUGUUUAUUUUUACCAAGAGGUAAAUAUCAGAAUGGAUGUAAAAUACAGUGGAAGAAGAAAGAUAUUGAUUAAUUUGAUUCAAUUUAAUUUUCUUUUUGUUUUCUUUCAUUUUUUUGAAUGAACAGUAAUUUUACUUCUGUUAUUCUACUUCCGUUUCAGUGAGAUUAUAUUAUUAUGAGGUUGGCAUACAGUGAGUAUAUAUUCAUAGCAUUGUACAACUACUAGUACUCCCGCACUCUUUGCUGAACUGUACAUGUAACCUGACUGCUCUUAUUGAAAACAGCAUCUAUAUCAUCUAUAUGCAACAUGCCGUGUAAAAAGUGUAUGUAGUUUUGAUAAAGUUUCUGUAAGAGUGUUCUUAUUUUUGAGUAGCAGGAACUGAAAACUUUUGUUGAAUUUGGUCGAAAUCUGUUUAUCUAAAUUGGCUUCUGACCUACAAUAAAUGUGUGUAUAUUGUU